UUUGCGUUGCGGUAUUGUUUUGGACGCUGUGUGUGAAUCGAAAGAUCUGUAAUUUUGUAGUGAAUAAAAUGAUUUAAAUAAACUUUAUUAUUAAAGAAUAGUAGUUUAUAAGACGGAGAACGUGUCAAAUACAAAAUGAGUAACAUUUACAUACAAGAACCACCGGCUUUGGGCAAGGUGCUAUUAAAAACUACAGCGGGAGAGAUCGACAUAGAGUUAUGGACGAAGGAGGCUCCGAAGGCUUGUCGCAACUUCAUACAGUUGUGUAUGGAAGGAUAUUAUAAUGGCACAAUAUUCCACAGAGUGGUGCCAGGGUUUAUCGUGCAGGGUGGUGACCCCAACGGUGAUGGUACGGGUGGAGAGUCCAUCUACGGAGCACCCUUCAAGGAUGAGUUCCACUCCCGUCUUCGCUUCAACCGGCGUGGUCUAGUAGGCAGCGCGAACGCGGGCAAGGAUGACAACGGGUCACAGUUCUUCUUCACGCUAGCUGCCACUCCGGAGCUGCAGAAUAAACAUACUAUAUUUGGGAAGGUUACUGGAGAAACAAUAUACAACGUCCUAAAGCUGUCAGAGGGUCUGAUAGGCCCCGAUGACCGCCCAGACCACCCCCACAAGAUUACAAGCACCACGGUACUGAUCAACCCUUUCACCGACAUCGUGCCGAGGGUCCGAGAGACCAGGGAAGAGGAUAAACCGAAGAAAAAGAAGAAGGAACGUGUUGGGGUUAAGAAUUUCGGUCUCCUGUCCUUCGGUGAGGAGGCUGAAGAAGACGAGGGUGAGGCUGCGGAGUAUAGAGGGAAGCCCAAGUCUACGCACGACCUCCUAGAAGAUCCUAAGUUGAGCAGUAAGACUGCUGCAGAACUAGAAUUAGAAGAACAGAAACCCUUACCGGAGCCAACAGAAGAAGAAAUAGAAGAGAAGGAAAAAGAAACAGCAGCUACAGUAAGCAAUAUCAGGGAUAAACUCAGUUCCAAGAAGCGAGGGAAGACUCCAGAAGGAGACAGUAAAAGGCAGAAGACAGAAGAUAAGAGAUCUAAGAAGAAAGAAGAACAAAAAGAGGAGAAGCAAGUGUCGGAUAGCGAUUCGGAGAUUGAAGAGUAUUAUAUUGGGAAGGAGAAGAAUGAUGCUAGGCAGAAGGAGAAAGAAAGAAUACAAAGCGAAAUAAAGCAGCUGCGGAAAGAAAUGAAGAAUUCCAAAGAAGAGAAGAUAAAAGAACAGAAUUUGAAAGAACAAGGCGAUAAAGAAGACGGUAAAGGUGACAAGAAGACGGCAGAAGAUAACGAAAUGUACCAGAAGUAUGUAGAAGAACAAGAGAAGUAUAGGAAGAUGAAAGAAAAACUGCCUAAGAAGGGUGCUGCCAGAAAUUCGCGCACGAAGCAGGCGAAACAAGCGCACAAACGAAAGCCUUGGGUCAAGAAUCUAUACGAAAAUCGCGAAUAUCCAGACAACUAUACAGACAAAAACUUCCUACAAGAACUACAAAAGAACUUGAACAUUGAAAAAGUGACUCUACCUCAAGCUAUACAAGGCUCAUUUCGAGUCGCACUACGCUUAUGUAUAUGCGUUUUAUACGCUAUUAUAUACGUCUAUAUGUACAAUAAUUGGGUGCAUACAUACACUGUUAUAUACAUGUCAAUUAUAGCUACUUUGUUCAGCUAUUUGCUGUAUAUAAGCUUCGCUGGAUCAGCUAUUUUAAGGCAUUUGAAAACUGUUCUUGUUUAUCUAAGCAUAGGUUACUUACUAUCACCUAUUCUCCAUACUUUGACUGAUACAGUAAGUACAGAUACGAUUUACGCUUGGGCCGUGAUCAUGAUGAUAAUACAUUUGAUAUUUUUUGAUUAUAAUGUUCCUGCAGCCUUAGUUUCGAAGUCUUUAUCUAUAAAUGCCGCUAUAUUUGCCUCUGUAUGUCUUGUAUCGCGACUUUCAACGCCUUUUGACGCGUUUAUAUUAUUGACGAUAUCUGUUAUUCUGUUUGUUCUAAGUCCACAGUUGUUUAAGACAAUUUUACAUACGAAAUUGUUUAAUUUAAUAUAUAUAAUGACUCUUAUAUUAACUAUAGUAGGUCUAUAUAGUGUUUCGAUUACAUUGUUAUGUUAUUUCGCGAUUUUGAUCUUUAUUCUAAGUUGUUAUUGUCCAUUUUUGUUUGUGUACUGGCAGAAAUAUAAGGAUAAUAAAUAUGGGCCCUGGGAUGAAGCUGUGAUCAAUGAUUCUGAUGAUUUAGAGGAGUGUUUGUUUGUUAAGUCGUAGUUUUAGGUUCGAUUUCUAGGUUGAGAAAGGGUUUUUAUGUUGGUUAUUGUAAAAUGUUAUUCUUUUAUACCAAAUAUUUUUAUAAUAACUUGAGGUAUACUAAAUUAACUA